AGUAAUAUAUAAUUAAAUUAUCUUAUACGGAAUUGGCAUUUGCCAGCCAAUUCGAAACUCCGGACGUGGCCGCCACUCAACGUUCAUCUUCUUCUUCUUCGUUUCUUUCUCUCCUAUUUACAUUCUCAAUUCCCCCAUUUUCCUUCUGCAAAUUCUAGCUCCAUGGCCAUGGCGUUCCAAAAAUGGCUGCAGAAUUUCAAGAACCUCUUUCAUCUCCUCACGCUCACUCUCCUCUCCCUCUCGCUUCCACUUUCGUUCCUUCUCUUUUGCAGGCUCGAUCGUUCUCUGUAUCUCCACGCUUUUCUUCCUCUUUCUACUCCUCUCUCUUCUCUCGCUUCCGCAGGCCGAGUUAUUCUUCUAGCUCUCAUUUCCGUUAUCGCCAUUGCCGCUCUUCUCGACAGCUUGCUUGGUAGAUCGGUUGUUCUAGCGAAGUCGUGCGGUCUGAGCGCGGCGUGGCUCGUUCUGUGUGCGUUACAGGUCGGUGUGGCCUUGGGAAUCGGCGAGGGAGUGGCGGUUGCAAUCGACGCUGAGAGCUUAGGGUUACGGAGGAGUUUGUGGUGCCGGGGGAUGUUCUUCCUAGGGCUGCAUACGGCCAUGAUUCAUUGGUCGAAAUCGGCGGUGAAGCCGGUGGUGGACGACACCAUUUUCGGCGCGCCGGUGGAGGAGAAUUGGUGGGGAAGAGUGGCCAUGGCGGUGAGCUUUGGGGCUUUGUGGUGGUGGAGGUUGAGAGAUGAAGCUGAAUCUCCGGCGAUUGUUGCAGAGAGCAUGAUGGAGCUUCUUACGCAUCCAACCAUGGCGGAUUUCGCCGGUUGGGCCCUCUACUACCUCAUCGUCGCAACCGGAUUUGUUAAGAUUUUGAGAAGCGUUGUUUGGUUUCGCGAGUUUUUGCUUCGCAAGAGGAAGGAGGAAAAUUCUUCCCAAUUUUGCCAAUCCAUGCGGAUCGAAGUCGUCUGAAAUUAAGCAUUUAUGGAGAAGCUUUCUUCCCUUUUAAUGGCUGCUACGAGAAGCCGGAAUCUGAGCUCAGAGGCAAAGCAGAUGACUGUCCAUUUAGAAUGGAG